UGUGUGUGUGUGUAUGUAUGUAUAUGUGUGUGUGUGUGUGUGUGUGUGUGUGUGUGUGUGUGUGUGUGUACACAUAUAUGACUCGAUGUCUCCAAUAAAAACAAUAGAGUCUGAAGAAGGGUCUCGACCCAAAACGUUGCCUAUUGCCUUCGCUCCAUAGAUGCUGCUGCACCCGCUGAGUUUCUCCAGCAUUUUUGUCUACCUUCGAUUUUCCAGCAUCUGCAGUUCCUUCUUAAACAAUAAACCUAAACCUUUUUUUUUUUUUGCAAUAAUAUUUAAUAAUUUAAUUCGGACUUUAGUUGUAAACGGCCUUUGAGAAGAAAGUUUGCAAGAGGUUCACUGUGAAUCAGCUGUGAAUCUUGACACAUGAGGAUCCAUUGCCCUUUUAAGUGCGGGACACUCCCUCCCACAGAUCAAACGCCACGAAACUGAAAGUACACUGAAUCAGGAAAUUGCGUUUGAUGGAGGAAAACGAGGCGGAUUAAAUGCCAGCCCGUUGUUUUUAGUUUGAUUUCACGAGUAGUUUUGUUCUGUGACUCAACAUGGCCCAAAGAGUCCUGCAGCAGAGAAUCGAGCUGGAGAGAGGUGUCAGGAGAUUUCGGGAGGUGUUCCAGGGCAAGGUCUCGCUGGAGCUGGCUGCCCUGCUGAUGAAACGAUAUCACAGCAACUUCUCACUCAUUACCAAGUACCUUAUCCUGAUGGUCACAGAUGAUGACACAGGGUUGGACGCUGAUGAUAGAAGAGAGAUUGAUAAUGAUCCAGUAGUCAAGGCAGUUAUUAAGAAGCUCCAAGAUGAAGAAAACGAGGCAAAGACCAAGCAAGUGGUGACAGAAUUGACGGAGAAGAAUCUGGAGUUGUUCAACCUGGCCAAUGAAAAGUUAGUCCCAUUCGAGGAGAGGCAGUUCUCCUGUAAUAUAUGUGACAUAUACUGGUGGCGAAGGGUGCCGGCAAGGAAACAGGUGUCCAGGUGUCGAAGGUGCAAGAACAAGUAUGAUCCAGUGCCGUACGACAGGAUGUGGGGCUACGCUGAGUUCCACUGCCAGGAGUGUGGCCAUGUCUUUGGGGGGUUUGGCCAGAUGGGUCUGCCUGCGCCGUGCUACAUCUGCUCCAGCCACGUCACCCCCCUGCGGAUCCUUCCGCCAAAGAAGAGCCUGGGCCCUCACAGCCCCAGGCCCCACAGCUGUUACGCCGAGGAUUGCUACAACCGCCGAGAGCCGCACAUCCCAGGCACCCACUGUGUCCACCCUCGUAGCCGACAGAAGAGGGGUCUGCCGAAGGUUCUGUAUCCCAGCCCGGGACAUGUGAGCACUGGAUCCACAGUGGCCACUUGCCUGAGUCAGGGCAGCCUGAUGGAGUGCCCCGUGGACGAGAUCAUCGCCGAGGACAUUCUGGAGGAGGAUGAGGAGGCCACGGAGGACGAGAUGCCCGCGGCGGACCUCCUCGACCAGUCGACCGAAGACGAGGAAGACUCGACGGAGAAGUCGGACAGCGUUAACAACGAUGACGCCAACGAGAGGCCCCGUGACAGAUUGUCCGAAUGAGGGCGCGAGGAACUGCAGAUGUUGGAACCUUGAGCAAAGCACAAAGUACCGGAGGAAUGAA